AUUUUAUCCAAACCUGAAAUUAUAUAGGUUUUUUACGUUAUGUGCUGGGAAAAGGUCAAAGUAAUAAUACAUAGAACAGAACACUAGCUUUGAAAACCUCUGCAUAUCACAUUUCUUUCAUCAAAAAGGGGUCUCUGUGUUGGGGCAGGUGUGGCUGGAAACCUGCGGUUUGAAUAAGGCAAAGGGGGAGAGGAGAGGGAGGAGGCCAACAUAUGUUCUGCUCCUGCAACAAUAAACCUGUUUCCCAGCUACACCAUUCUUUCCAAGUCAUCUUAAAUGUAUUAUUCCCUAGUCAGCAUGAUGUGGUGAGAAAUAAUGGUCAGAAACAGUCGGCCCAGCAAAAAUCCAGAUGAAACAUUCAAGCAAAGCAAUUUAAAAAAAAAAAAAAAAAAAACUAUGGGAACGCGUUUUCUCUCACCAUGCAGAGCACAAAGAGUAUCCUCACUGCUGCUAUUAUUGAAUACACUCCACUUAAGCUUUCUGCUCUGGCAUGAAAUUUGUCAAGGGAAAACGGAGCAGAUGUUCUCCUCCUUGCUCUCCCCUCUCAGAGGUGGAGGUCCUCCUUAAUGUUACCUUGUCUGGCCUUGCAGAAUGAGUAUAUUUACUCUGAAGGGUGGAGGCCGCAUAAGCAGGAAUGUGACUUGAAAGCGACCGCUACGUUUUAAUUUUUAACUCAUGAAGAAAAUACCUAGCAGCUCUGGAGGUUUCAUGAAUGGCUGCAUUGAUCACAAGCCCCGCCCACCGACCUAUCAGAAAGCGAGCCGCGUGGGGGAAACCACGCCCACUGUCAGUAUAAAACGGGAGGUUGACGGUCUGAAGCCAGGAGAAAAGGAAACGCACGGAGAGAAAGAAGUUAUAAGAUACCGGAGGUUGUUUUUAUUUCACGUGUAUCUCUAUUUUAAGACGUUUUCCAAACUAAUAAUGACGUUUCUGACCUACGUGACUCUAAUAACAGCAGUCGCCAUGACACAGGUGUCUGCUAGCUGCCCAGCUGUGUGUGAAUGCGCUGCGCAGCCCCCUGCUUGCCCUCCAGGCGUGAGCGCCGUGCCAGACAGCUGCGGCUGCUGCAAGGUGUGCGCCGCACAGCUUAACGAAGACUGCAGCCACAUGAAGCCCUGCGACCACCACAAAGGGCUGGAGUGCAAUUAUGGCAACGACGUGACAGUGGCCUGGGGCGUCUGUCGAGCAAAAUCAGAGGGACGUACAUGCGAGUACAAUAACAGGAUCUACCAGAAUGGAGAGAUCUUCCAUGCAGGCUGCAAGCACCAGUGUUCCUGCAUAGAUGGAGCUGUCGGCUGCACGUCGCUCUGCAGCAACAAGCUGCCUGCUGCCUCACCAUCCUGCCCCUUCCCUCGACUGGUCCGGAUCCCGGGACGGUGCUGCUUCAGUGUGGACUGCAACAAGGACACCUGGCUUCUUCCACCUAAGCACCAGAUCCCUCCUUUACAACAGCAUCUGCCCAGACCUCGGUACCAUGCAGUCACUCAAGGGGCUCAGAAUGAGGUGAUCCUGGAUGACGGCAUCACACAUGUCAAGACAAACGGCUGGGAAAACCGACAGGGCUACAAACACAUGCCUGUGUGGGGCGCCAUGAAGGAGAAAAAAUGUCCAGUCCAAACCACUGAGUGGUCCCAGUGCUCACGAAGCUGCGGCAUGGGCAUCUCCUCUCGCAUCACCAACGAGAACCUGCAGUGCAAACUGGAGAAGGAGACGAGAAUCUGCACCAUACGGCCGUGCCGCAGUCUGACCGUCCCAGCCAAGAAAGGUAAGCACUGCUCCCCGACGCAGAAAGCCCCAGAGCCCGUCCGCCUUUCCUACGGAGAGUGUCAAAGCGUUCGUCUGUACCGACCGAACUACUGCGGCGUGUGCACGAACGGCCGCUGCUGCUCGCCGCGCCGUACGCGCACCGUGCCUGUGACCUUUGUCUGCCCGGACGGCGAGCGCUUCCGGAAGCCCACCAUGUUCAUCCAGUCGUGUAAAUGCAGCCGUGACUGUGGCCACCUCAACGAAGCGGCACUGCCUCCACAGCACUGGAUGUACGGCGACACACACAAGUUUAUUGAUUAGCCUGGAUGUGAGGAUUGUCGUUUGGAAAAUCAGCUCAGAGGAGGAACCUUCCGAGACAAGGAGCCGCUUCUCUGCUUCUGCCUCCAAAAUGGAGAAGACAAAAGGCAAGAUGCACUGCCAGGAUUAUUAGUCACUACCUGAAAGCAACCCACAUCGUUUAGUGCGACCAGAGUGGAUUGUACACUCGCCUGUUCUUGUUUAAGCCUGACGAGGGACCUAAAUUAGAGCCCUGAAAUCCCCAGCCGUUCUGCACUCUGCGCUGAUUGCAGGUUUCAUUUAUGGAAGAUGAAACGCUUCGAUCGGCCAGAGGAGAAACUCUACACAAGCAACAAAGCACUUUACUUGGCAUGGACAUUUCUGACCGUCAUGUAGCGCCAGUGAAAGGGAAUCUUUAGUAUCACUGGACGUCUUAUAACCCACUGACUACUCAGUGACAACCAAAGGAAAAUAACAGGCUGUUUUGUAUUUAAAUCUACAAUGUCAUGCAUUAGGUGGAAAGGAAAAAUCUGUAAAAAAAAAAAAAAAACAGGCACUAUGUGCACAUAGUGACUUGGUUUACUUGAAAACCUGAAGUCAGGUUAAAUAAGUAAAUGUUUCAAUUCCAAAGAAUUCAGCACGAAAUGAACCAACAAUGAGUGAGAUAAAUAAAUUUCAUUCACAAAUAUAUCAGUUAUAUUAUACGACGAGUAUUAUUAGACCUACACUAAAAUAUUUAAAAUACAAUUAUGAGAAGUCAUAUUAAGAUAAAGUCAUACACAAAUAGUCAUAAUAACGUCAGGAUAAAUAUGCUGUUUUAUAAGAAUAAAAUUAAACUCCUGCAGUUUUUCUUUUAUUUUCUUAAUAGUCGGCCGUAAAUAUUUUUUCCUCUAGACUCCUAUUUGGAUGGAUACUUUUAAACUAAGAUACAGAGUAAAGUUUGUCUAUUUCUGUCAGUUCACACUCAACACAAACAUAAAUGUCUUUAAAUAAACUGAGACGGGUUAAGUUCAGGGUCAUUCAGCAUGUUUUAUCUGAUUCAACCCAGUUUUGUGAGAUAUUUUGCAAAUAUUCAGCUUGUCAGUUUGAGGUGAAGUUAAUUAGGAGGUAGUCUCCUUUUCCAGCCCAUGUGUAUGGCUUAAAAAUUCAGUUGAAGUUGACAUAUUGACUUUUGCAGCAGGAGUUUUUCUCGUAGUUGACAGUGAUUUAAAACUAGCUUCAGCGCCAAUAGAGAUUAUUCUUCCAGUACUUUCUUUUUCACGAUGGUUGCCGAGUUGUUUUGAACAUCCUAACCAAAUUUCUUUCACCUGAAGAAAGAGAUUUGGUUCAGAAUAAAGUUCCAUUUCAUCCAAUUA